AUUAGUUUACUGUCAUAUAGCGGCGCGCGACCAAUAGCUCGCAGCGCACUCGUGUGGUUAAACGGAGACGCCUUGUCACCCCAACCCUAUGUUUAGCUGUUGGUUUUAAACGGGUGAUUUCUGGGAAACCGCUGGCUGCAGCCGUUAUCUCGGAGAAUUAAAUCAUCGUACUUUCACUUUCACACAUGACAACAUCCGUGAGAGAGCGUGUCUUGCAAACGACUUCUAAACACAGACACACGCGAAGAACUGAAGGAGUCUCGGAAGAACGCUGUAUGCUUUCUGCUGUUGAAACAAACCACUUUGCUAACGAGUCAUGGCCUGCAGCAGGAUCAUGUCAGCUCCAGUGUGUCUCAUUGGAGACGAUGAAAAUGGACAUCUGCGUGUGAGAAAAGAGGCCAAAGACAUUCUGGAUGGGAUCAGUGAGCCGGUGGUGGUGGUGUCUGUGGUUGGACUCUAUCGUACGGGGAAGUCUUACCUUAUGAACCGCCUGGCAGGACAACAGUCCGGCUUUGCUCUCGGCAGCACUAUUGAAUCAAAGACCAAAGGCAUCUGGAUGUGGUGUGUCUCUCACCCUAGUAAAAAAGGACACACUCUUGUGCUGCUGGACACAGAGGGACUUGGGGACGUGGCAAAGGGGGAUGAGAAACAUGACACAUGGAUCUUCUGUCUGGCUGUUCUUCUCAGCAGUACUCUAGUGUACAACAGCUUAGGAGUCAUUGACAACACGGCACUGGAAAAGCUGCACUAUAUUACUGAGCUGACGGAGAACAUUCGUGUGAAGGCAGAAGUAGAUCAACAUGAGGAUGAGUCAGAAGAUUUCAUGCAAGUUUUUCCAUCAUUUGUCUGGGCUGUUCGGGACUUUACUUUGGAACUGAAAAGGGGAGAUCAAGUAAUAACAUCAGACGAGUAUCUGGAGGGUGCAUUAAAACUCAAACCAGGUAGCUCACCUCAGACUGUGCAGUAUAACCUUCCCCGUAGUUGUUUGCGGAAAUUCUUUGCGGUGAGGAAGUGCUUUGUCUUCCCCCGGCCUGCUAGUACGCAAAACAUGAGAAGAAUGGAGGAGCUGACCGAGAAAGAACUUGAGUCAGAGUUUCUUGAGCAGGCAAACACCUUCUGCUGCUACAUCUAUGAGAACACAGAGCCAAAAACAGUCACUGGAGGUCGUACAAUUACUGGAACAGCUUUGGGUAAUCUCGCCGAGGUUUACAUUGAGGCGAUCCGCAGCGGGAAGAUUCCUUGUUUGGAGAACGCAGUGGUGUCUCUGGCUAAGAUCCAGAACGUACGUGCGGUGGACGAGGCCCUGCAGUUUUACAUGACUGAGAUGUUCAGCAUGGCUCAGCUUCCUACGCGCCCAGAAGAGCUGUCCGACAUCCACACAGAUGCAGAGAAGAAGGCCAUUGAAGUAUUCAUCACCAUGUCCUUCAAUGACAAUGACCAGAUCUACCAACAAGAGCUCAUGGGAAAGAUUUAUAGUGAAUAUCAAGAGAUGUGCCAGCAGAAUCAUGAAGCGUCUCGCAUACAGUGUGAGGAGGUUCUGCGUGAGGUGUUUGAUGAGCUGGAGAAAAGCGUUUCUAACGGAUCAUAUUUGAAACCUGGAGGAUACCAACAAUACAGAGACUCGCUCAGACAUCUGACCAGUGACUACAGAGAAAGAACACACUCACAAAUAAUGAGUGAAGAAGUGUUGAGUACAUAUUUGAGAGCUAAAGAAGCAGCUGGAAAUAUGAUUCUACAAGCUGACCAGUCUCUGAACGCAAUGGAACAGCAGAAAGAGGUGCAAAGACUAAAGAAUGAAAUUCUGGAGCAGCGCCAGAGAGGUCUAGAGGAACAGAACCGGUUACAGGAGCGGGUGUUUGAAGACAUGCAGAGAUCCCACGAUGAGCAUGUGAAACAGAUCUUUAGUCAGAUGGAGAGAGAGCAGGAGAGAAUCAGGAGAGACAAUGAACGCGUCCUGGAAGCAAAACUCAAGGAAAGUGAAGCUCUUCUGCAGCAGGGCUUCCAGCAGGAGGCAGCCCAGAUGAAGAGUGAAAUCGACAGGCUAAAAUCAGACAUGAAUAAACAGGAGACGUCCCAACCCUCCACCAUUAGCAAGGUUUUGGAUGGUAUCGGCACUGCAGCAACUUUGUUUUUGCCAGGUUUUGUUCCUAAAUUAGCUGGUUUUGGUCUGUCCUUGGUUUCAAAACUGUUUUGAAAAUGGACAUACAUUUUUGACAUACUUAUAAUAUGCCAUAUUAACCAACAAUCAACUGUCAAGCGAGCACUGUUUGCUAGGAACUAUGAACAACACUGUUGUUAUGAUGAGGUGCCGCCUUCCCUUUAGUAUUAAAAUGAUUCACAAAAUCAGUGAAUCCUGUUAAAAACCUUCCUGGGAACCUUCGAUAUCGGAUACCAAUAUCUAUGUCCGGUAACAGCUUUGACAUUAAUUAAUAGUGUGGUACUUUCUUUGUGUUAAAAGUUUUAGAUAAUAGAUCAGUUGUUCUUAAACUGAGGUAGUGUGUGUUUACUUUUUUGUUUGCUUGUAAUUAGAAAAAAAAGUCAUUUAUUUUGACAUCAUUUUAGGCUAAAUGUGGUGACUGUACUUUUUUGUGAAAUAUUAAAAACAUUUCUUUUGACUGAA